GACCGAGGAAGUGAAAGAGUUUGACAUGAAGCAGAUCAUAUCAUAAACUAAAGCAACAACUUUUCAACUAGUUUCUGAAAAUUCAAAUGAGAUAUGUCAAAUGACAAAACUAGCAUCAACAUUCCCAGAGAGCUGCACUUUGUUAACUGGUUAGUUAACUCUGAUCACUCUAACACCACUAAUGAUGAUAUUGAAGAGUGUGAAUGUGAUCCUCCAGUUAGUGACUGGGACUCCUGCCUGCUCGACCCUGAGGAACAGUACCACCUGCCCCGGAGCAGUCCUGUCAUAUCCCGCAAGAGGCUUAACAUAGAACUAGAGACAGAAACACAGUCAUCUCCUACUGGAAUGGCUUUGACACCUCCAGUCCACAAUAGAGCAGAAAUAUCUGCCUCUCCAUCAACAACAGUGAACAACAAUUCAGAUCUACAUACACUGGAACAGCUGAAUAACUCAGAUAAAUGGGAACAACUUUCAGUUGUACCAAACAAAGCUUUAGUAUCUGUGCCAGAUAUAAACAAAGAUGCAUCCUCUCUUCCAGGUUGCCUUGAUUACUGCAAUUUGCCCAAGGUGUCUAUAGGACAGUCAAAGUUUCACACACAUAAUUGUGGUACAGGUUUAAUUUCAACUGUUUCUCAAGAGUCUCAGCUUCCCAGUCACUCUACUGGGAAGCUCAGCUUUGAGACUGUUUCUAGAAGAUUGAGGGUCCCACAAAAUAAGGGCCUCCAGCUAGGACCUAAAAGAAGAGCCUUUUCUGACAUUACAUCAGUAUCUGGUCAGAGGAGCUCAGGCCAAGCUAAGAAAUGUGGGUCAUUUGUUGAUGUACACUCCACUGAAGACCUCUAUAGGAGCAGUUUGGACUUAGACCAGGAGAAUGCUCAUUUUGUAGUUGUGGAUAUGGUGCUGGAAGUGCUCGAGACUGUGAAAUGGGUUGUGUGUCUGCGACAAUUAAACAGCACAAAUCCUUAUCAAGAUGGAUAUAACACACACAACACCACAAAAACUGACUCAAUCUCCUCCUUUGACAGCUGGUUUGAGGACGACAGCGCCCCAAACAGAUAUUCUUUGGCUUCUUUUGAGAGUCCUAUGCAGAGCUCCAGAACGCCAUGCUCUGCAGAACAUUUAGCCCAUCAUUUGGUGUCAGAGUUCAGGAAGCAGUGGUUCCCCUCUGAGCAACUGCAUAACCCUGGCAACCUCACCUCAGCUCUGCAGGAAGUCUCUGUCCCCAUGAUGGCAGGGGACAUGGUCAAUCUAACUGAAGAGAUCAGGCAGAAGAGCAGGAUGAGAGGAACAUUAACCUGGGCUCCACCCAGAUUUCAAAUCAUCUUCUGUGUUCAACCAACACACAGACGCAGUGAUGUCAUUGCUUCCCAGCAUUUCUUGUGUGCAGGAUGUGGCACUGAAGUAGACCCCAGGUAUUUAAAGAAAUUGCGGUAUUGUGACUACCUGGGUAGAUACUUUUGUGAUGGUUGCCAUGGUGGUGGCGAAUCAGUGAUUCCAGGUCGGGUUCUGAGUAACUGGGAUUUUGCACGAUAUCCGGUCUGCCAUUUCUCCAGGCUGUUACUGGACUCCAUAUGGCAGCAACCGCUCUUCAAAAUCACAAGUUUGGCAAAGAACCUCUACAGCCAGGCCAAAGAGCUACAGCGUUUCAGGGAUCUACAGGAGCAACUAAUAUCCAUCAAAAAGCUUCUGAGCACAUGCAGACUAUCAGCUGGAGUCUGUGCUGAGUUUGAACAAAUUCCUUCUCACUUGAUGGGGGAACUCCACCUCUUCUCCAUGGAUGACCUCAUCAGGGUGAAAAAGGGUCAGCUCUGUAUCACAGCAAGAGCCAUAAUGCAGUCUGCCACUGCUCACAUAGACAAUUGUGAGCUGUGUCAGGCAAAAGGUUUUAUCUGUGAGUUCUGUCACGGGAAGGAAGUGAUUUUCCCUUUUCAGAGAGACACCUGUACCCGCUGCCCAGAUUGCAAAGCCUGUUUCCACAUCUCAUGUUUCCGCAAUGAAGCAUGUCCAAAAUGCACCCGACUCCUGAAACGAAAAAAGAUCCAGGAAGCCACAAAUUCAUAAAAUCUUCGUAUUUUGCUGCAUUAUAAAAGUGGACACUUUCAGGUGUUUAUAGCCCUUGAAGAGUUUAAUUGUUUAUAAAUACAUUAAUGUGUUAUAUUUUGUAAUUUUGUAUAGCACAGAUAAAAGACAUUUUCAUAUUUGUAAUCAGAGCUCUUGAUGACUUUGUACAUGAUUUUCCUCAAGAAGCAUUAGCCAGUAAGAAGAGAAGAGACAUGGCAUAUUGCUGGAUAGGUUAUAUGAUCUGACCGUGUACAUCUGAAAAUGUUACCACUGUCACAAGAAAAAAAUGAAAUUUGGUCUUAAAAUGUUAUCUUAUAUUCUUCAACUUUAAGAAGAAACAAAAUGUUAUUAGCACCAGUUUCAUUGGAUUUAGUAAGUUUUAAUUAGUAAAUUCAACUUCAUCUAUGUUCGUUUUCAAAAUUUUGCAGUGAAUUUGAAUUCCCGGUAAAUUUCCAUGAUUAGGCGAAAAUGAUUGUCAGAAGUGGGAUUCGAACCCACGCCUCCAUUCGGAGACCAGAAACCCCAUUCUACUGGAAGGUUUUCACCUUGAGUCUGGCGCCUUAGACCGCUCGGCCAUCCUGACAUGCGUCAUGAUGUGAAUAACAGGCUUUAUGGCUUCUCACUUGAGUAACGAUAAACGAUUGUUCAAGAUAGUGUUGUUUAUAUGAUUACUGUUUUUUUUCCUUGCGUGUGGUUAGCCAGGAUUGCACUGAAUGUUAUUUUCUAAAUGCAUUCUGAAUCCGUCACCACACCAUCGAGAUUUAACAUUAAAACAACUACUUUUCUUCAACUACACACAUUUCGGUUAAGAUAACAUAAUAUUAACGAUGUCUACAAGCAGACUUGAAUCUCACAUGCGACUCGAACGCUAACGUUAGCGUCAGGCUAUGUGUUUGAAUUGAAAACGUUACUUACUGAACCGCAUACAGAGACAGCGCAGUCAAUGAAAAUUGAGAAAUUAGUAAAACCGUAAUUCAUGCGUUUGUUUGUAGCCUAGAGGUAAGGAUCGCAUCUAGAUCUGUCUUUGAGAGAUUUUAUUGACAGAGCGUUGAUGAACAAAACGUCUUGGUCAUAAUCUGUCUGUCUAUGUCUUUAUUGAUAUCUUAUGAGCAUUAAUGAAAAAAAGUAUUAUCUUGGUCAUAAUCUGUCUGUCUAUGUCUUUAUAUCUUAUGAGCAUUAAUGAAAAAAGUAUUAUCUUGGUCAUAAUCUGUCUGUUUGUGUCUUUAUUGAUAGCUUAUGAGCGUUAAUGAAAAAAAUCAUUAACAUGGUAUUAACAUGGUCAUAAAAAAUGGUGGCUUGACGCUGCAAUACAUGGGGCACAAAAAUGAGCUUUGCAUAACCAAUCGGAAAUGUGUAGUUACGCUCCGGCCCCUUGGAUGGAGCACCAUACCUGAAAAAGACUAAGGAAAAAUUUGGGCUGAUAGGGAACAAUUUCAAACCUCUGUCCCUAACAGAAAGUAUCAAAUUGUCAUCAUUUCAAUGACUGCCCU